AUUAGUUUUACCACAGAGACGGACCAAAUCACAAGCUGUAUCAAAACAAAUAUUUUCAUCUCGGAAACAUCUCGUUCUGUUGCACUAGGGAAGUGUGAUAGUCAUUAUGAGUUCAAAGGUUAUUAUUUAGAUUACAUAAAGAGAUACUCAAUGCUAGAACAAAUCUAAGUGCUAGUAUUUUAUCCCUGUAAUGACAUUAUUUGUUUACUUCUAUAUGAAAGAAAUAGGAAUAUAAUAUUGUAUUUUGAACAUUGGGAAGCGAAACAUGCAAUCAAGAUGUUACUGAAGUCCCAUUUCUAUUUCUACUGGUUGACAAUGCUACUUCUAGUUCACUGCUUACAUCUUGACAUCUUCCCGCCCAAGAUUGAUCCAGGAGUGACUGAUAGCUUGCUCAUCAACUGUUCUCUGCCUUCCACAAAAUUAUCUGGCAUGAUGACACUAUCGUCUCUGACAUUGUUCAAAUCAUUUGAUAACGAUUCUCAAUUAAUCGAACUUUGCUCAGUUAGCUCAAAUACCGGCUACAAGGAUCAUAACGCAGGGGAUGGUACAGGUAAUGGAGUCAUCAACAGUAAGGAUGGAUCCUAUUUAAGCCUAAUAUGGUUAUUUCCUAACCAACACAUGAUUGGUCAUUAUAAAUGCCAAGCUGAUGGUAUAAGUCCUGCAUGGAAAAAGAUAACUGUAACAUCAAGGGCUUCAGUGUCUGGACAUGACAUGUCUGUAAGUAAUUUGAGUGACCAACUUAGAUUGGUGCAGCUUGAAAAUGUAAGAAACAAAAAUCUGAUUGAGCAAUUCAUAGAAAGUAUAACCAAACAUGAAACAAUACUUGAGGAAAUAAAAAGUAACUUAACGGAUUUACAAACACGACAUGUUAAUAUGAAUAGAGAACUUAAGAAUUUUCAAAAUGAUAGAUUAGAAUCACUUGAAACUUUGUUUUAUAAGUCAAGUCCUUAUGAAGGACGACACUAUUACUUAACUAAAGAGUUGGUGACCUUUACUGCAACAUCAGCUCAAGCGACGUGUCAGUUGUAUGGAGGUUACCUGGCAGAGAUAGACAGCAGUGAAGAGUUAAAUUUUGUUAGGACUUUUGUGAACAGAUACAACAACUUAAAUACAGUCUGGAUAUCCGGCUCUGAUGAGGACAUUGAAGGUCUCUGGAUUCAUCCUCGCACUAAAGCAACAAUUAAAUAUUUCAACUGGCCUCCGUCUGAACCUGAUGGGGGAAGAAGCCAAAAUUGCCUUUGUCUACAACGCAGUUACAACUGGUUAAUAUCGUCUGGAGGUUGUAUUGCUCAAGAUCUGGGCUUAAGUUUAGCUUAUCUCUGUGAGGUUUAUGAAAAAAAUGUUGAUCAAUUAAAACACCAAUUGAUAACAAAAACAUUAUUUUUGCCUUUUAUUGUUUUCUGUUAUAUAUAUAUAUAUAUAUAUAUAUAUAUAUUGUUAUAAACCUGGUGGUGGCACAGAGGGGGGUAGUGGUGUGUGUGUAGUCAGCCGACGCAAAUCGCCCCAGGCCAGCGCUAGACGAGCGGUCAACCGUGACGAGUUAAGACGGUCAGCCGACGGUUCAGUGCGGAGUACUGUCAAGUACAGUUGAGACGACUGGCGUCUUGAUCUUGGUCUGCGAUCGAGUCCGACACAAGGAGCCUAGUGUGUGAAGUCAGUCCUGAACUGUUGAACUAAGUGCAAGCCCGGAACGAGACGUAGAGGCCAGUGCAAGAGUUGAUACGGCGGUACGGUGUUAUCGGAGAGAUAUUUGUACGGUCUUGUGUUACGUGCUGCCAAUUG